AUGGUGACGAGACAACAAAGUCAGCGAAGAGAUCUUGAAGCCCAAGACGAACAGCAAUCGGGUUUAUCCAAGGAAACUGAGUCGAAACUGGUUAACUUACAGUCUUUACUACGGAAAUUAGCAUAUUUUAACCGAGCAACAGACGAGAUUUUGAGAGUGAAUUCGAAAGAGGCGAUAAUACGACAACAAACAACGCUAAAAACCAAGGUAAGCGAAGCGUAUGGUUUGAUUGAGCUUAUACAAUGCUUGAAAAUCGAUGCAGGCGAAUCUGACGAAACUAUUGACGAGUGGACAAGCGAAAAUAAUGGCAGAUUACGUGAAUAUGAAGCGGCAAUCGAAGAGUUAAAUCGUAGGCUCUUAGACGAAGAGAAAAUACAAAGGGAAAUUGAGCGCCAAGAGAAAAUUCGACAAGAAGUGGAAGCACGAGCUCUAAUAAGACAUGAGGAAGAACAGGCAGAAUUUGAAAAGCGUGCAAGGGAGGAAAAGUUUGCAUUAUCUUUGGAAGAAAAGAAGUUGGAGAUUGCUUCUGCAAAACGGAUCAAAACAAAAUUACCUGAUCUGCAAAUAUCAAAAUUUCAAGGAAGUCAUUUGGACUGGGUGCGGUUCUGGGGUUUAUUUGAGACCCAAAUUGAUAGAGCACCUAUGAAUGAUGAAGCAAAGUUUGCAUAUUUGAAAGAGCAUGUUGUAUCUAAAGUUAGGGUUACAAUCGAUAAAUUACCACCCAGCACCGAAGGGUAUGCAAAAGCGAAAAAGAUGUUAAAGGAACGGUAUGGUGAUACAAGUGAGGUGGUCAAUGCACACAUACAAGAAAUUAUUUCCCUACCUACCAUUAAUGGUGCUUCAAAACAAAAGAUACAUAACUUUUAUGACAAUCUUGUCGGACACGUUCAAGCGCUUGAAACAUUCGGAAAACUAGGCGAUGUUGCGGGAAAUGUAAGGAUGACAUUGGAUAAGUUGGAAGGGAUUCGGGCUGACCUAACAAGAACCUCGCCAGAGUGGAAAAAGUGGACCUUCCCUGAGUUGGUUGAAGCAUUGCGACAAUGGAUUGAGCGAAACACAAUACAACAAAGUGAGAAAGAUGCGAAGAAAGAUGGAUCACCAUGGAAAGACGGUAGGAAAGAUAGAUUAUUGUUAGCAAAGGAACAAUCUAGACAGUGUGUGUAUUGUGAAAGCAAAAGUCACAGAUCGGUAGAGUGCGAUAACGUUGUGAGUGCAAGUGACCGAAAGAAAUUGUUAAGCAGCAAGCAUCUGUGUUUUAAUUGCACAGGCGAGAAGCAUAGAGCAAGUGAUUGUAGAAGUAGGAUCCAGUGUUAUAACUGCAAGCGAAGACACCAUACUUCUAUUUGUGAUAAACUAGAAGAUGGUCAAAAGCUGAUGUGCCAACCCAAUGGAAAUGAUGUUGUUUAUCCAGUUGUUGUAGUCGAGAUUGAAGGAGUUAAGUGUCGAGCACUUUUAGAUACUGGAUCUGGGAGCUCUUUCGCGUCAAGUACAUUAUUGAAUACAAUUGGAAAAAAGCCAGUGAGACAGGAAUUUAAAUCAAUUGAGAUGAUGUUCCAAACUACAACAAGGAAAAUUGAUGUGUACGAAGUCGAGAUUGCAGAUGUUGAGGGAAAAUUCACGAUGCCAUGUGAGUUGAACCGGAUUGAGAAGGAUGUGCUAAUGACUUUGCCAAACCCCAGGUACAAGGAACUUAUUAAAACUUAUGAACAUCUUCGAGGAGUCCAUAUGAAUGACGGAGACGAGAAAGCACUUCUACCUGUUCACCUUAGGAGCCAGUGAUAUGUCCAGAGUCAAGACAUCAGAACCAGCCAGGGUUGGAGACGAUGGGAUGCCAGUUGCCGAGAAAACCGCGUUGGGAUGGACCAUCAUGUCACCGGGACGAGAGAUGAAUCAUUCCUUCCUGAUGUUCACCAAAAGCUCUCAAGAAGACUACAUGCAUCUUUGCAGCUUGGAUGUGCUAGGAUUAGAAGACCGUGCCGAAGGAGAUCAAGGAAGCGUUUAUCAGGAGUUUAAGGAACAGCUUACUAAGCGAGAAGACGGUCGACACGAAACGUCAUUACCAUGGAAGGCUAAUCAUCCAGAGCUUCCGACCAAUUACCAUGUUGCUAAGCGGAGAUUUCAGUCAUUAUUCAACCGGCUUGAUAAACAACCAGAACUGCUAGAGACUUACCACAGUAUCAUAGAGAAUCAACUUGAGGAAGGAGUCAUUGAAGUCGCACCAGAGAAAGCAGAGAGAAGCCGAGAGCAUUAUAUCCCACACAAGCCUGUAGUACGAGAGCAUGCCGAGUCUACGAAAGUAAGAAUUGUUUACGAUGCUUCGGCAAAAGCUGAUGAAAAAUCACCUUCGUUGAAUGAUUGCUUGGACAUUGGUCCCCCACUCCAAAGGCGAAUCCUAGAUAUAUUAUUACGCAGUCGAAUGAGACCAAUUCUCUUGGCUGGUGACAUAAAACAAGCAUUCCUACAAAUUGUGAUCAGGGAGAUCGAGCGAGAUGUAAUGAGAUUUUUAUGGAUAAAUGAUCUACAACGCAAAGAGAUGAUGGUCUAUCGCAUGACCAGAGCGAUGUUUGGGCUAGGCCCAAGUCCAUUUCUACUCGGAGGAACUUUGAAUGUUCACCUCGAGAAGUAUGCACAGCAAUACCCACAGUGUGUUGAAGAAUUGUCCGAAGGAACUUAUGUUGAUGAUAUAAACAUUGGAGGUGACACAGUUGGAGAGACUAAAGUACUCAAAGAGCAGGCAAAAGAGAUUCUUAGUGAGGGAAGUUUUAUGUUGCACAAAUGGCAUUCUAAUGCGGUGGAAUCAGAGAGUGACAUCGUGGAAGACGGCGAAUCUACUUAUGCCAAAGAAACUUUAGGAACUAAACCAUCUGAUACUAAACUGCUGGGGUUGGGAUGGAACAAGGAGGAAGAUACUUUGUUUGUAGCACUACCGAAACAGAAUGUAGAAAUGACCAAACGAACAGUCCUUCAAACAAUGGCGAAACUGUAUGAUCCUCUGGGUAUAGCUGCUCCGUAUUUACUCACGGCGAAAGUAAUCUUCCGGGACGUUUGCGAUCGGAAACUUGGAUGGGACGUUGAGCUGCCCAAAGAUCUUAAAAGCCGAUGGGAGAGAUGGUUAGACAGUCUGCCAAGUGUGUAACCUUCCCAAGAAGCAUUCCUCGAGAGAGAGCAUCAAUUACCGAGAUUCACAUUCAUGGGUUUGCCGAUGCCAGCAUUCUGGGAUGUUGUGCUGUUAUCUAUGUAGUGGCAAAGCAGGGUGAACUAGUUUCUCGAGGUCUGCUGGUAUCCAAAGCACGGUUGGCGAAACGCGAUUUAACAAUUCCUAGAUUGGAACUUGUCAGCUGUCAUAUGGUCAGCAACCUUAUCCACAAUACCAAAAAAGUUCUUAGUUAUCUUCCAGUGAUGGGUGUUUAUGCGUGGACUGAUUCAACCGUUUGUCUACAGUGGAUUAACGGACAGGGUAACUACAAGCAAUUUGUGUCGAAUCGCGUGAAAAAGAUUAACGAGGAGAAAAUUGAGUGGAGAUAUGUUCCAACUCAACAGAACCCUGCGGAUAUCGGUAGUCGAGGUACAACGAGAGAUCUACAAGUCAACGAAACCUGGAUGAACGGUCCUGAUUGGUUAAGUGAGCCUGCGAAAUGGCCGGAGCAAUUACAGAUCAAACCCAGCGAAAAAUCUGAAUUCGAAAGUCGAAUGGUUAAAGAAGUGAUGAAAGUUACCAUUCCGAAAAAAGCUGAUUUUGUCGAUAGUCUGUUAGAGAAAUUCCAGCUGUCAAAAACA